AGAAAUAUCCGGUUUUGUAUUUUCCACUUAACAUUCAACAUUUUUUCCUUGAAGUAAUAUAAUUUCAGUUAUAGGAGGGAAAAUAUUUCAAAGUGGUGAGGGAUGGCUGUGUUUUCAUACACUGGAAUUGUGUGUGUUUUUCUAAUUUUUUGCUACUGUAGUGAACUUUUUGGACAUUCCGUAGGAAGUUCAGUCCGAGAAUGUGAACGCAUUUCUCCAUUCUAUGGAGGAGAGGUUACUUAUAUUAAUGAUACUGAAGGACGGUCUAAUGCCUUUUACAGCUGUGAAGAUGCGUAUUCCUUGUUUCCAAGUGACAUCGAUUUUUCUAACUGUACCAAACGUCGAAAAUGGAAACCAGAGCCACCAAAAUGUUUAAGAAAGGCAGAGGUAGAGAUACCUGACCACGGAAAAGUAUGUAAAGGGAAGAGUGAUAUAAUUCUUCAUUCAGAAUCAUAUGCAGUAUGCUGUGACAAGGGCUACGAGCUGUACAAUGACAUAUAUUUGGAGAAAAAACGUGUGCACAUAAAAAAUAAUAACGGCAGUCUUGAACCAAACAUUCCAGAAUGUAAAGAAGCACGUUGUGAUCCAUCCGACCAAAAUAUGGCAAAUGUUCAGUACCUGAAUGGAUCAAAUACCAUGACAAAGUUCCCAAGUCGGACGGUAGUUUUACUUUCAUGUAAAGACGGGUAUGACUACUACAGGGGUGAUCGACCAAUGACUACACCACUGCUAAGAACCUGCGUUAAAGGAAGUAUUCUUAAAGCACCAAAAUGCAAGGAAGGCAAGUAG